AUGACGACUCCCGCGCAACACUUCGUUGUCCUCGGUGCCGGCGUCAUCGGUCUCACUACCGCACUGACCAUCAGAGCCGAAUUUCCAUCCGUGAAGAUCACGAUCCUAGCAGAGUACUUCCCCGGCGACUACAACAUCGACUACUGCUCGCCGUGGGCCGGAGGUAAUUGGUGCUCCUCGGCCAACGAUAAUGGUCUUCUCGAAUCUUUCGACCGUGAUGCAGGCAUUCUUAGUGUGGAAACUGGCAAGCUGUGGUACGAUGACUUGGUUGGGGGCACUGUGCCACUUCGUACGGACGAAUUGCCCGACAAAGCCGUGUUUGGACUUGAUGUACCUAAUACCUUUGUGAUCAACACUCAAAUCUACUUGCAAUGGCUUCUUGAGCAAUGCAGACAGAGCAAAGUCAUUCUGGUCCGUCAAAAGAUUGGUCACAUCAAUGAGGCUCGCAUCUCUUCAGAUGUCACCACGGUCUUCAACUGUACAGGCUUAGGAUCCUACUUCCUUGGUGGAGUGGAAGACAAGUCCAUGUAUCCGACUCGAGGGCAAACCAUCUUGGUCGAGCAGCCGAUUGAGCCCCUCAAGAGGAUGUACUUCCGUUCACCUCGAAGAGUAGACAACGACACCACCUACAUCUUCCAGAGGCCUCUAGCAGGCGGCAUUGUUCUAGGCGGAUGUCGUCAAGACGGAAAUUGGGACAAGGAGGUCGAUCCCGAGUUGACAAAGACUAUCCUCCAGCGUUGUUGCGCGUUGGCCCCAGAGCUGGGCAAGCCCGGAGACUUGAAGAUCAUCAAGCACGGCGUCGGGCUGAGACCGAAUCGUAAAGGCGGACCAAGAAUCGAGGUUGAGAAGAGAGAUGAGGGGCUGGUCGUACAUAAUUACGGAGCAUCUGGGGCGGGAUAUCAGGCAUCUUGGGGAAUGGCAGCACAUGCGGUGAAGCUUGCAAAAUUGCAACUGACAAGUCAGACACCCUUGUCGAAGCUUUAG